CAACCAAAUGUGGAACUGAAAAACACUCAGGAGCAGUCUGUGCCUGCAGAAAGUCCAGCAGUUUUGAAUGACUACAUUUCAACCAAGCCUCAUGAAAUAGAAAAUGUGGACAAUGCAGAAGGCCCAAGCAAUGAAGAUGAAGAUAUAGGAGCAAGUGCGGAGGCAAGACACAUCAAAGCAGAGAUGGGAAGUGAAAGAGCUCUCGUUCUGGACAGAUUAGCAAGCAAUGUGGCAAAACGAAAAAGCUCAAUGCCUCAGAAAUUCAUUGGUGAGAAACGCCACUGCUUUGAUGUCAACUAUAAUUCCAGCUACCUGUAUGAGAAAGAGAGUGAGAUAAUACAGACCCGAAUGAUGGACCAAGCCAUCAAUAAUGCCAUCAACUAUCUCGGUGCUGAAGCCCUGCGUCCCUUAGUCCAGACACCACCUGCUCCCACCUCUGAGGUGGUUCCAGUUAUCAGCAGCAUGUAUCCCAUAGCCCUCACCCGGGCUGAGAUGCCAAAUGGUGCCCCCCAGGACCUGGAAAAGAAGAGCAUUCACCUGCCAGAGAAGAGCCUACCUUCUGAAAGAGGCCUGUCCCCCAACAAUAGUGGCCACGACUCCACGGAUACUGACAGCAACCACGAAGAACGCCAGAAUCAUAUCUAUCAGCAAAGUCACAUGGUCCUUCCUCGGGCCCACAAUGGGAUGCCACUUCUGAAGGAAGUUCCUCGCUCUUAUGAUCUCCUCAAGCCCCCACCCAUCUGUCCAAGAGACUCCAUCAAAGUGAUCAGCAAAGAAGGGGAGGUGAUGGAUGUGUACAGGUGUGACCACUGUCGUGUCCUCUUCCUGGAUUAUGUGAUGUUCACUAUUCACAUGGGCUGCCACGGCUUCCGUGACCCGUUUGAGUGUAACAUGUGUGGAUAUCGAAGCCAUGAUCGCUAUGAAUUCUCGUCUCACAUAGCCAGAGGAGAACACAGAGCCAUGCUGAAGUGA